CUUUCAAUUUUGAUUUUUUUUUCUUAUUGAGUUUGCUUGAUCGCGGCUUGGGCAAAUCUACUGUUCGAUCAGCUUAGUGUAGUUAGAUGCAUAUCUAUUGUCGCAAUUGGAAGUCUAAUGUGCUUGCCGCAUUGCUUUACGUUCAUAAACGAAUAUAUAUGAGUUGUAGUUUAUCAUCUUUUCGAUCUAUUGAAUUUCAUUGACUUACUGAGACUAUUAUCUAUUCGUUUAAAAAUGUAGUUGAAUUCUGCCGAUCAUUUUUCCUUAAAGUGUUUGAUAUUUCGCUCCAACCAAGUUGAAGAUGUCUAGUUUUGUGGGCGUUCUUGUUUCUGAUCAGUGGCUUCAGAGCCAAUUCACACAAGUUCAGCUUCGAAGUCUGAAAUCAAAAUUUGUAUCUGUGAAGACUCAAUCUGGACGAGUCAUAGUGGGAGAUUUGCCACCUCUGUUUAAGAAAGUAAAAGCUUUCGAUGACUUGUUCAAUGAGGAUGAGAUUAAGGGGGUCUUAAUGGAGUCAUAUCAAGACAUGGAUGAAGAAAUUGACUUUGAGACCUUCCUUCGGGCAUAUCUAAAUUUGCAAGCCCGAGCAAUGGAGAAAUCUGGCAGUUCCAAAAAUUCUUCUUCAUUUUUGAAGGCAACAACCACAACUUUCCAUCAUACUAUUAAUGAAUCUGAGAAAGCUUCUUAUGUUGCGCACAUUAACAGUUAUUUGGCGGAAGAUAAGUUCAUGAAGCAGUUUCUUCCCAUUGAUCCAUCAACAAACGCUUUAUUUGAUCUUGCAAAAGAUGGAGUUCUCCUAUGCAAGCUUAUAAAUAUCGCUGUUCCUGGCACCAUAGAUGAGCGAGCUAUUAACACAAAAAAGAUUCUUAAUCCAUGGGAGAGAAAUGAGAACCACACUCUUUGCCUCAAUUCUGCUAAGGCUAUUGGGUGCACAGUAGUCAAUAUUGGGACACAGGACCUAGUUGAAGCUAGACCACAUCUGGUACUUGGCCUCAUUUCACAAAUAAUUAAGAUUCAACUGUUGGCUGAUCUCAAUCUGAAGAAAACUCCCCAACUUAUGGAAUUAGUGGAAGACAGUGAGGAUGUUGAGGAGCUCAUAGGUUUACCACCUGAAAAGGUUUUAUUAAAAUGGAUGAAUUUCCACUUGAAGAAGGCUGGAUAUGAGAAGCAGGUCACAAAUUUCUCUUCAGAUGUAAAGGAUGGAGAAGCUUAUGCAUAUUUGCUUAAUGCUCUUGCUCCUGAACAUUCUGGCCCAGCAUCCUUGGCCACAAAAGAUCCAACUGAAAGAGCAAACAUGGUUCUCGAGCAGGCAGAGAAAUUAGAUUGCAAGAGAUAUCUCACUCCUAAGGACAUUGUGGAUGGGUCACCUAACCUUAAUCUUGCAUUUGUUGCUCAAAUUUUUCAGCAUAGGAAUGGCCUUACAGUUGAUAGCAAUAAAGUGUCCUUUGCUGAGAUGAUGACUGAUGAUGCACAGACGUCUCGUGAAGAAAGAUGCUUCAGAUUAUGGAUUAACAGUCUUGGAACUGUUACUUACGUCAAUAAUGUUUUUGAGGAUGUCAGAAAUGGAUGGAUUUUGUUAGAAGUUCUUGACAAGGUUUCACCUGGAUCAGUCAAUUGGAAGCAGGCAACAAAGCCUCCUAUAAAAAUGCCAUUCCGAAAAGUUGAGAACUGUAACCAAGUUAUAAAGAUUGGGAAGGGCCUAAAGUUAUCCUUAGUGAAUGUUGCUGGUACUGAUAUUGUUCAGGGGAAUAAGAAACUCAUAAUAUCAUAUUUGUGGCAACUAAUGAGGUUUAGCAUGCUUCAACUUCUGAAAAACCUGAGGUCACACUCCCAAGGUAAAGAGAUAACCGAUGCUGAUAUUCUAAACUGGGCAAACAGUAAAGUGAAGAAAGCAGGAAGAACUUCCCAAAUGGAGAGUUUCAAGGAUAAGAAUCUCUCCAGUGGGAUUUUCUUCCUUGAGCUUCUGAGCGCUGUGGAAGCAAGGGUGGUCAACUGGAGUCUUGUUACUCAGGGGGAGACAGAGGAAGAUAAGAAGUUGAAUGCAACAUAUAUUAUUAGUGUUGCUCGAAAACUUGGAUGUUCCAUCUUCCUGUUGCCUGAGGACAUUAUGGAGGUGAACCCGAAGAUGAUACUUAUGUUGACUGCUAGCAUCAUGUAUUGGAGCCUGCAACAACCCGAAGACAACGGCAUUCCAGAGGUUACAGUAGAUGAAGAAAACAAAACAAAUUUAGCUAAUGAGGUAUCAGAUUUAGCCAUCGAUGACGACGACGACGAUGACGAUAACAAGAACGACACAGUUUCAGAGAAAAUUGAGACCCAAUAGUGAUUAUUAAGAAAAUGCAAAAUACGGUCUUCUCAUAGAACAAUAGCAGGAAGAUGCCAUCCAAAUUUCUCGAUGUUCUUGGCACAAGAAGAAAUAGCCUAUUUUUUUUAUACAUAUAUUUUAGAAAAAUUACACAGAAGAAAAAAAUCCUGUAAAUUUUUGUUCAAAUUAAAGCCUUCGGUUGUUAGCUAUAUUCUUUGAUGGAAAUUAUAUACAAUUGGUCCCAAUAAUUAGAUGGGAAAAAGAGGCAUUGUUUUAUUUUCAUAGCGGAAUCACUUUCAUUUAUAUAUGAACACACACAGUUGAAGUUAUAUGAAGAAUUGAUUGUGAUGUACUUUAUCAGACUUCCAA